AUGUCUCGUGGCAAGGAAGACAUACCACUUAUGGAUUCUACAAGAAAUACCAUUUCAUUAUUGGAAGGACCCUUGGCGAUGUUCAAUUUUCCAUACAGUUACUUGAUUAAGGCCAGUGUUAAAUUUGACGGAGACAAUCAUAAAACAAAUUUUAUCAAAACCAUUGGAUUACAAGAAGGGGAGCAUUUCUUUAAAUUCUUUAUUAAACAGUGUAACGCAAGAUUACUUAUUGAGGAACAGCGACGAAAAUUAAAAUUGAUUUCAGAUGGUAAUAUUAAUACACCAAUGAGGAUUCAAAGAAGGCGAACUUCAACUAAUUCACCCGUCAAAUCCUCCAAGCGUAGCUCGUCCGGUAUUUCCAUUAUGAACAAACAAAAAUAUCACGUGGUCAAAAAAACGACAAUUCAUCAUUUACCCAUAGAAUUAAUGUUGUGUGUGCUUGAACAAUUACCAAAAAAGAAAGAUCUUUACAGUUGUUUAUUCGUAUGUAAAUCAUGGAAUCAUAUAGUAACCCCUUUCCUUUAUAAAUCACCUCAAAUUUGUCAUUUAUCCCAAAAUUUUCCCAUUAAAAAAUAUGGUCCUCUCAUAAGGGUGCUUGAUUUAUCGACUGGUCACGAUCACGUCACCGAUGGUACGAUUCAUUCAAUAGCGAUAUCCUGUCCUAAUUUAAGACGUAUCAACCUAAGUAGAUGUACUCACAUAUCCGAUGCUUCAUUAGAAGUUCUGGCGAAGAAUUCUUGUUCCUCCUCUUUAAUUUCAAUUAACUUGUGUGGUUGUAGGAAGAUCACUGAUUUGGGUUUAAAAUAUCUAUCAAAAUCGUGUCAUUCUCUUACCUCUUUAAGCAUGACUGAUUGUGGUAAAAUUUCCGAUAAGGGUGUCAUAUUUAUAGCGAGAUCUUGUCCUAGAUUGCGACAGAUAAGGUUAUCCGAUUGUCCAAGGGUGACUGAACAAUCAAUUGAAGUUUUGGUACAAAAUUGCACCCGAUUAUCUUGGUUAGAUAUUGCGAGAAUAGGUAGAAUUACUGAUUCAUCCGUGAGAGUCAUAGCGAAUUCUUGUGGGGAAAAUUUAGAAUGGUUAAAUUUGGCGAGACCCUCUCCGUUAGAAGCCGUUUAUUCUUCCGCUCUCGUUAGUACUUCCCUUCUUCCCAUAACUUAUAUUAAUAAUUUUAAUGAUGUGGUUGGAGUUGAUGAUGAUAAUGACAAUGAUAUAACUGACGCUUCAAUAACUUUAUUAACAAAACAAUGUCCAAAUUUACAAUUGUUGGAUUUAUCUUAUAUGAAUUCUAUAACCAAUUAUUCAAUACAAUCUAUAACAAAUAAUUGUUUUUCUUUGGUUUGCUUGACGAUAAUAGGUUGUAGGUUUGUAACGUGUGAUUCUUUAAGAUAUUUGGCUCAAUUAAGACGUAAAUCCGGUCACCUAGGUUGUAUAACUAUGGGAGAUGCUGAUGGUAUUACUGAAGAAGAUAUUGAAAGUAUUACAAAUGAACCCGAAGGACUUUUAUCCGGUUGGCAAAAAAGUGCGGUGGACGAGAACAGUUUAAAAGAAAUUUUAGGUGGUAGUUGGGAGGAUGUUGGUAGUCGAUAA